AUGCAGUCAGUUUAUAAAUUGGUAUCAACUGUCAAUCAAUUUUACAGAGAAAUAAAUCCCGCAACGCUUUCGGGAGCAAUUGAUGUUAUCGUUGUUCAGCAACCUAAUGGUGAUCUCGCAUGCUCGCCGUUUCACGUUAGAUUUGGAAAACUUUCCGUUUUGAGACCACAAGAAAAAAAGGUUGAAAUGACAGUUAAUGGCAAAGUCGUUGAUUUUCCAAUGAAGAUAGGAGAAGCGGGUGAAGCAUUUUUUGUUUUCCAGACUGAUAAGAUGGUUCCCCAAGAACUUCAAACGUCUCCGCUUGCGGGACCUACUGAAUAUUCUUUAACUGAAGAGCGCACGGGAUUCACCACUCCAAUUUAUGAUUUUGGACGUAAUAAUAUUCUUGGCUCUGACUUUGGCGCGGAAGAAGGAGCGUCAGAUCCAGAAAACGCUACUGAUUUGGAAUCAGCAAUUUCAAAUGCUGUAGUUCCUGUCGGUUUCACAUCAGAUGAUGAAACAAACGCAGGAAAAGUAAUUGUACAAAUUGAUUCUCUUGAAGAAGUUCACGAAGUCGAAAGAAACAUUGUAAAUGGACAGACGAAUUCUAAUAUUGCGGAAGUUAAUUUACAACAGCAGGACUCAAAAUUAGAAUAUGAUUACGGAUCUAAUAUAAUAUCAACUGAAAAGAGCGAAAUGAAUGAAAAGCUUGACUACAUAUCUUGUAAACUACAAAAUGAAGGUGUUGAAUUUGAUAAUGUUCAAACAAAUGAAGGUGUUGAAUUUGAUAAUGUUCAAACAAAUGAAGGUGUUGAAUAUGAUAAUGUUCAAACAAAUGAAGGUGUUGAAUAUGAUAAUGUUCAAACAAAUGAUAUGUCUCAUAAUGAUUUUCAUCUUGAAUCUAAAAUCGAUAUAACCGAACAAUCAUCCAUUGAUGAUGGUGAAAUACUUGAAGACAAGAUUUCAAAUAAUGAAAGGCCUUUGUCAAUGCCGUUGUACGAACCUGUGAAUGAUCCAAAACAUACUGCAGAAUGGUCGUGGGGCUGGGGGACACUACCUGUCAGAACAUCUGAUAAAAUGGAACAUUGGCAAGAAAGUUCUGAUAACAAAGAAUGGAAAGAUCAUGAAAAACAAACCGAGAAUACAUCUGGAGUUCAGAUUGAAGAUAAAAAUUAUUGUUUUGAAAUGUCACUUUGUGGCAGUGAUACUUUUGGAAGCGAUGAGAAAACGGAUGCUGAGUUAUUUCGAAAGCACUUAAUUACUUUUGAGAAAUUUACAGAAAACCCACAACUUUUGAAUGAUAAGGCGCUGGUUAUUAAAUAUGAAGAUCGGUUAGAUACUAGUGAAUCUCAAGAACAACAAUUUUAUGCCAAAACACUCCGUCUAACAUCAGACCAGCUGGGAGCCAACACUAUGACAUUUUCUGUUGCUACCUUUUAUCAAGGCAAGGCUACAUGCGUAGCAAAAUUAUUCUUUUGGGAUGAUGAUACACAUAUUGUUGUUUCUGAUAUCGAUGGAACUAUUACGAAGUCGGAUGCUCUUGGUCACGUAUUUACAAUGAUUGGUAAAGAUUGGACGCAUUAUGGUGUCGCAAAAUUGUAUUCUGAUAUCCAUAAAAAUGGAUAUCAAAUUUUAUACUUAACGAGUAGGGCUAUUGGCCAAGCGGAUUAUACCAGAGAUUACUUAGAAAAAGUAAAACAAGAUAAAUAUCAAUUACCGGAGGGGCCGGUAAUUAUGUCACCUGAUCGUUUAUUAACAGCUUUUCACAGAGAAGUAAUAAUGCGUAAGCCCGAGGCCUUUAAAAUAGCGUGUUUACGUGAUGUGAGAAAGUUAUUUGGAGAUAGAAAUCCUUUCUUUGCUGGAUUCGGCAAUAGAAUAACCGAUGCUUUAUCUUAUCGAAGUGUAAAUAUUCCAUCUUCGAGAAUAUUCACGAUAGAUACAAACGGAGAAGUAAAAUUAGAAUUAUUGGCAGGAUAUAAUUACGUUGAUUUGAGCGAUUUGGUUGAUCAAAUUUUCCCCCAUAUUGAUAGCAAAUGGGAUACAAUUUACAAUGAUUGGAAUUAUUGGAAACCAGAUUUACCAGAAAUUGAACUGCCUCCAGAAAUAUAUGAAGUGUCGACAUUAUCACCACAAAAAAGUGGAUCUGAUACUAUGUCUGUAACUGAAGAUCAAUAUGGAGAAGAGGAUGACAGCGAUUUCGAAGCAGAUAUACCCGCAGACAUUGAUUUAAGAGAAUAUCCAUAUUGA